GACUGAUCGCAAUGGUGCGCACACGCAUCUACAUAGCGCUCAUUGCGAGCAUUUGUUUUCACUUUUCCGAGGCGGUGUUAGCGCCUACGGUAAAACUCAACGACGGGACGGACAUGCCCGCUCUGGCGUUGGGCACUUGGCUCGGCUUCACUAUCACUAACAACACAGAAGUCCGCAUUCAACCCACAGGCCACGAGGUUGAAGAUGCCGUUACGUGGGCUAUAGAAUGUGGCUACAGGCACAUUGACACAGCUUAUAUAUACCGUGUGGAGGACCAGGUGGGAAGAGCCAUCGCCAAGUGCAUCGAAAGAGGGAUCGUUAAGAGGGAAGACCUGUUUAUUACUACCAAGUUAUGGAACGACAGACACGCUCAGGACGCCGUGGUCCCCGCCCUGCGCGAGUCGUUGAACAGCCUGAAUUUAAGUUACGUUGACUUGUACCUGAUUCACUGGCCGGUGGGGCAAUUCGAAAAUAAGACGUACGACACAACGGAUUACCUGGAAACGUACCGCGGCAUGCUGCAGGCGAAACAAUUAGGCCUUACAAGAUCCGUGGGAGUGUCCAACUUUAACCAGCAACAGAUCGAGAGGAUUAUCAAGGAAGGCCUGGAUAAACCCGCUGUGCUGCAGGUUGAGUUAAACCUGAAUCUUCAACAACCUUCUCUCCUUUCGUACUGCAAAGACCAUAAUAUAGUGGUGACAGGGUACACACCAUUCGGAUCGCUGUUCUACAGCAAGGCAAAGGCUGGUGCGCCACCACCCAGGGUCGAUGACCCGAGCCUCGUUGACAUCGCCAACAAGUAUAAUAAAACUGUACCGCAAAUUGCUUUGAGAUAUCUUGUAGAACUUGGAGUAGUGCCUCUUCCAAAGUCGUUAACAAAAACGCGCAUACAACAAAACAUCGAAAUCUUCGACUUCCAGUUGACCCAGCAGGAGAAGGAACUGCUCAAGAGCUUCGACAGAAACCAUAGGACCAUAUCGCAACUCAAGUGGCUCGACCAUCCUUAUUACCCGUUUGAAAAGAAUUAGAUUUUGCAACUGGUU